AUCUCCCUGGCGUUUGGUCUGGCCAUCAUGGCGCUGAUUCAGAUGGUUGGUCACGUGAGCGGUGGACACAUCAACCCGGCAGUUACCAUAGCAAUGGCUGUUGUCAUGAACAUCUCCGUUGCCAGGGCAGUGCUCUACAUUAGUGCCCAGGUGCUCGGCGCCGUGGUUGGCGGGUUCCUUCUUAAAGGACUAACGCCGGCCAAAUUCCAUGGCAACCUGGCAGUUACCAACUUGGGGACAGACAUCAGCCAAGUUCAAGGUUUCGGGGUAGAGUUCAUGCUGACCUUCUGUUUGGUAACGGUCAUCUUUGGAACCACUGACCCCAACAGGGCCAGCUUUGGCAGUCCGGCACUUCUGAUUGGCUUGACCGUUACACUUGGACAUCUGUCCGGGAUCUGCUACACAGGAGCCAGUAUGAACCCUUCGCGAUCCCUGGGGUCGGCAGUGGUGUCCAACGCUUGGGAUAAUCACUGGAUCUACUGGGUGGGUCCCAUCGCUGGAGGUGUGGUCUCUGCAGCAAUCUACAAGCUCAUACUCAAUCCUUAUCGAGGCAUCAUCAACAUGGAAGAUGCCGUCUGUAGGCUCAAGAGUGAGAUGCCAAGCGGACACUCCGACAAGGCUCCAGAAUAG